AUGUUCUUCCUGAUAGUUCUCCACCCAUACCUCAUGCGAACGUUCGUCACGGCUGUCGAGCAGAAGUGGCCAAUGCAGGCACUCACGGAGUCGGGGCAUCGGUUCAAGAACUUGCCGGCUGCUCGGUACGCCACGUACGUCACGUUCCAGCAAACGAAUGUACCGCACGGCGCGUAUACAGAGAAGAAACUGUACUACAGCAGCAAACGCUCCCUGUAUGGACACAAGGUCGAAGUAUCCGUGACAAGCUUCGACGAGAGUAUCGACUCUCACCUGGCCAACCUGGCAAAACGCACCAGUGAGACGACGCUAGAAGACUCGGAGCCCGGUAUAGAGCAAUGGGCCGUUCUAGCUGGCAAAGGCUACCAAGCUAUUGAGUACAACCUCCGGGCGGUGCUGCCAUUGAAGAAGCCGGUAGGUGGCAUACUCACAUUUGCCGAGCAAGCGAAGAAUGACCGUAUUGCCAGCGAUCGCGUUAUCGUUGGGAACUACUUUGGUCGGUUGAAGACACUCUGGGCCACAUGUAGCAAUACGUACCGUUGGAGCCGCAAGAGCUACGACAUCGUGUUCCAAGCGUGUUUGGCCCUGACCAACGUCCAUAUCCGUCUCCAUCCCCUGCGUGCAGAAGAUGGUGAUGCCAAUGCCCAGUACAUCAAUCGACUCAACGCAAUCGGAGCAAAGAUCAUCAAGACUAAGAGAGCUGCUAGGAAGGCGUACAUGUCAAAGCGAAAGGUGAGUUUUAUCGUGUAA